CCGCCUCACGGGGAGACAAUGAGAAAGUGAAGGGGCCAGUGCGUGCCCCUGGAAUAAAUAAGGGGAGGGCUGUGGGCUGGGGAAGAGACUCACUGAUGUCCCGCCCUAGUUCUCAGUCGCUACAGAGCCGUUGGGCUGAGUGGAGGAGUUCGCUGUGCUGCUGUCGGGCGCCGGAGCCCAACGCCGAUAACAACAGUAUGGGUGGCAGGCUAAGUAGGAAAAGGAGGGGCUACAAUGUGAAUGACCCCAAAGAGAGCAAAUCUGCUGCAGAGUCCACUGACCAGCCUGAAAGCAAGGAUGUUUCCAAGGAACAGUUCAAGACUCCAGAAGCUGAGCUGCCUGUCCAGCAACCAGAUGAGGCUCCCAAAAUAACUGAGACCACUGCAGGAAACCAAAUUGACACAACUGUGACCACUGAAGGUAAAGCAGCCAAUGAUGCUCAAGAUCAUGAGGCAGCACUUUCUUCAGAGGCAACCUGCACAAAUUCUGUAAAAGCAACAGAACAGCCAAGCCAGGAGGGCCAUCAGACAACAAAGGCUGAAAUUGAAUCUAGCUCAACAGCAUGUAUUAGUUCAAGUGCUGAAGUUAAUGUGCCAGUGUCUAGUGAAGAGGUGCCACUAAAUGUGGCGGCAGUGAGCAGCCCAAAUGAAGAGGCCCAAGAGAAACCAGUUCUCCCCUCAAAGCAUGAGAGUGAAGGCCUAAAUUUGCCAACAGACAAACAAGAGUCUGGUCAUGCUGCACCAAAAAUCACUGAAGACAAUAAACAACCCAAAUCUGGUGUAAACCUAGAUGCUGAAGUUCAAUCUAGCCAAGCUUCUGAAGGAAUAGCUGAGACAUCUGAGCAGGAGUUGACCAAAACCCAGGGUAGUCUUUCUGAGCAGGCUGAAAGCUCUACCCUGGAGACCAAGUCUGAACCUGGAGCUGAAAAUGUGCCCCAUGAGACUGAAACACCAAAAUUCUCUGAAAUAACUGAAGAAACCCUUAUUGAUCUUGUCUUGAAGAAUGAAAUGGCAAAAUGUGCAGAUAUCCAGAAAAACCUAUCUGGACCAGGCAGCAUGGAUGAAGUGCAGGACAAGAUGGUGAGUGAAUCUACUCAUACUAUCCAAGUAGUAGCUGACUUAACAGAAACAGCAGAAAAUUCUGACCAAUCACAAGAUGGCUCUGGUCAAGGGGUCACUAACAAAGUGCCUGAAGAUCAAGGCCAAUUGCUGGGAAGUUCUGGAAAUCUAUCUGUAGACACUUUGAGGGAGGAAAGUGUGACAGAUUCAGUUCCAGUAGAACUGAAGGAUCCUGAGAUUGACCCUGUUCCAAACAUUGUUAGUGUACCAGAAGCUACCCAUGUAGUCACACAAUCACCAGAUCCUGUAAUGGCUGAAUGUGCUCCAGGGACCCCUCCACCAGUAACUGAGGUCAUCCCAGCAGGAUCUCCUGAUCCCACAGCAGAAUGUUCUCCAGAGACUCUUCCACAUCCUAAAAAGGAACUGUCUGAAACCAGGCUUGAGCAAACUCUAGAAAUGAGCCACCAAGAUAGUGCAGAAAUAGCACUGCUCAACAGCAGUUCUGAGAAAAUACCAGCUAUUAAGCUAACUGUCUAUACAGAAGCCUUGCAGGAAGAGAAAAUAGAAAUGGACACAGAACCAAUGACUAAAGAGUCUCUAAAUCACUUUGACACCAAUGAUCCAGAUCCACAAAAUGAAGUGCUUCCUGAGAUACAGUCCACUUCAUGCUCAGCUGAAUUGAUCUCUGAACAAGAAAUCGUGAAUGUAGGUAACACUUCAGAGCAUCCUGUCCCUGAAUCCCAGAGUUCUUCAGAUGUUGGAGAACAGAGUCUAGCAGAUCUGACCAAGACAGAAGCUACUGUUUCUACAGAACCUGAAAAUGUGUCUGUGGAUGCAGCAUCAAGCCAGACUGAAAAGACCAGCCUUGAGACUCCCAUAGCUAAUGGGACCCCUUUAGAUGCUAGAGUGGAAGAUUCCAGCAAAUCAAUGAGUAAAAUCAAUGGCCAAGAUGCUACAGCUGAAGAUUCUCUUCAAGACAAGAAUUGUGAUAUGCAGAGGGAGCCAACAAAACACAAAUCCAUUGAACAAGCAGAUAGAAAUAGAUCUUUGGAGGAAUCUGAUCAAACCUUGGAUUCAGGGCAGAGUCAGUGACUGCUAAAUGGAAUUCCAAAGUAGUGAAGCUUCUACACAAUUGUGGAAAGUGGAAGAUGUGGAAUAUGAAUCUUAUUCAAACUAGCUAGCAGCUAAGUUUGAUUUGAGUAAAGACUGAGCUUGAUGCUGCAAGAAGGGACACUCUCUUUUUCUCAACCUGCAGUAGAUGAAUUAUUUGACUGACUGGUUCCAUGAUUUUAUCUCAAUACAGAAAUUUUGAACAAUGAAGACCCAGCCUUGUGCCAAAAGCUCUUGGGAUGUAAGCUGGCACAUGAUACUUUUUCAGGCAAGCAAAUCUACAAAAGUUUAAUACUAAAUGCUAUGAUUUGAGAUGCACGUUGAGUAGUUGAGGUAACUCAGAACCUGUUCUGACAGAUCAAUUGUAACUAAUUGGAUAAUGUGAAGGUUUUAAAAUUUCAAUGCUUUGAAAACUUAAUAAAUUAUGUAUCAUACUUGA